UUGACAUCAUUAUAUAAUUUGUGUCAAUAUUUAUAGCUCAUUCUGUUUUUGCAUGUUUUACUAUUUGUAUACAUGUGACUUUUGUAUCUCCUGUCUUUAUAUAUAACAUUUCCUAUUUUCUGAUACCGUCCAAAAGUAAUAAUUGGCAAGAAAUGCAGUGGGUGUCCUUAAUCCAGAGAGCUGUCAGCAGGAUUGAGAGCAGAGGAGGAGUAAAUGCAAGUCACAUGUCACAGCUUCUUUAAGAUAAAGGCACAGCCUGGUGCUACUACUUUAACGCACAGAUAAACUGUGCACACUGCAGAAAAAAAUGGCAGAUUUGCUUGGUAAUUACAUGAUACCUUUACUUGGAGUCAGCAUCUUCAUAGCUAUUCUAACACACAUUACCUACAAUGUGCUCAGCGAUUACCUGCACAAAUGGCUUGAGAUGAAGCCAAUCCCGAACGUGGCAAGAAUGUACCCCUUCAUUGGACAUGCAUCGUACUUCAAAACCAAUGCAGGAGAUUUCUUUAAGCAAAUUGUGGAUUAUACCCAUCAAUUCAGUGAUGCACCGCUGAUUAAACUCUGGCUUGGAACAGUGCCGUUUGUGGUUUUGUUUCAUGCUGAGACUGUUGAGACCGUUCUCACCAACCCUGUCCACGUGGACAAAGCUGGUGUAUACAAGUUCCUUCACCCUUGGCUUGGAACCGGCCUGCUCACUAGCACUGGGCGUAAGUGGCAUCAGCGACGGAAGAUGCUGACGCCCACCUUCCACUUCUCCAUCCUGACAGACUUCUUGGAGGUGAUGAAUGAGCAGGCAGAGAUACUAGUGGAGAAGCUGGAGAAGCAGGCAGGGAAGGGUCCAUUUAACUGCUUCAGCCACAUCGCCCUCUGUGCCUUGGACAUUAUCUGUGAAACUGCAAUGGGAAAGAAAAUUUAUGCUCAGAGUAAUUCUGAUUCAGAAUAUGUUAGAAGUGUGUACAGAAUGAGUGACAUUGUCAGCCGCAGACAGAGGACACCUUGGUUUUGGCUUGACUUUGUAUACUACUACUUUGGUGACGGCCGGGAGCAAGACAAGAUGCUCAAGGUCCUCCACACUUUCACAAACAAUGUUAUAAAUGAAAGAGCAGAGAACAUUUCCUAUAUCGACUCAGAAAGUGAUUCUCACCGAGGCACAAGGAAAAAGCUGGCAUUUUUGGACAUGCUCUUGAAAACCACGGAUGAAAAUGGCAACAGGAUGAGCCAUCAGGAUAUUCAGGAGGAGGUCGACACUUUUAUGUUUCGGGGGCAUGAUACUACUGCAGCUUCUAUGAACUGGGCCCUACAUCUGCUGGGCUCCCACCCCGAGGUGCACAGCAAAGUCCAGCAAGAGCUUCAGGAAGUGUUUGGUACAUCUGACCGGCCUGCUAACACUGAGGACCUGAAGAAGCUCAAAUACCUAGAGUGUGUGAUCAAGGAGGCCCUGCGACUGUUUCCCUCUGUGCCAUUCUUUGCGCGCAAGAUCUGUGAAGACUGCUAUAUCAAUGGUUUCAAGGUUCCUAAGGGUGCCGAGGCUAUUAUCAUUACCUACGCUCUCCACCGUGACCUGCGAUACUUCCCUGAACCUGAGGAGUUCCGGCCUGAACGUUUCCUGCCUGAGAACUCAGCGGGAAGGCCUCCAUAUGCGUACAUCCCCUUCUCUGCGGGACUUCGUAACUGUAUAGGUCAGCGUUUUGCACUAAUGGAAGAAAAGGUGAUUUUGUCAUCAGUACUGCGUAACUUCAACGUUGAAGCUUGUCAGACGUAUGAAGAGCUGCGUCCUGUAGGAGACCUCAUCCUCCGAGCAGAGAACGGCAUCUGGAUUAAACUGGAAAAGAGAACACCUCAGACUUCAUCAAACUAACACUUGCUCUAAUUUACAGACACCUCUGUUCCAAAUUAUAUUCAUUAAUGUCUAUUUACAGUUCACCUUCCCAAAGAAAACAC